AUCGCCUACGUUGGCACAGUGCUGUAUUCACCAACUGCGCUCUUCGUUAAAACCAGUCUGAUCUAUAUCUUAAUAAGGGUCUUCCAUCCCAUCUACUCUGGAUUGAUUGCGCUGUACUGUCUUCUUGGUUUGGUUAUCUGCUACUACUUUAUCAUUAUGUUUGUCAAGAUCUUCAUCUGCCAUCCGGUCUCAGCUUAUUGGGAUUUGGCCGAAAGAACCAAUGGGAGUUGCCUGAGACUGUCUAGCCUUAUCAUCGCUGAUUCGGCCGUCAGCUUUGUGACAGACGCUGCAAUUCUCGCAUCUCCUGUGGCUUUGACCUGGUCACUGCAAAUGCCAGCCCGGAAAAAGCUCCGAGUGAUAUGCAUUCUUGGGCUUGGAGGUGUGGCAGUUGGGUUCGCUCUCUUCCGGCUUGUGAUUGGGGUGCACGAGAGAGAAAACCGCCAUAAUACGGUGGUGUUUUUAAGAUCAAUACUGACAGGAAACGCAGAAUUGGGCAUUGGGCUGAUCUGUGCCUGUCUUCCGGCCCUCACAGCUCUCGCCACUCAUCAUCGAGAACAACCGUCGUCCGGUCGUCAACAAAAAAGAUCCCAAUCAUCGUCUAACGCCUUUGAAGAAAGCGAAUUAAUGCAACGGCAGCCGAGGAGACCUGCGCGCCCAGGCUCGACAGUUUCAUCUGAUCCGUCGGCUGGCCAAUAG